UGUUAUUGCCCCUUUCCCGGUGCGGGAGACGGUAGUAGCGAGCAAGGGUGCCAGGUUUGGGUUCCUCUGUGUCCUUCCCCUGGGCAGGGACGAAGCAGUGACUUGACGCUUAGGCGCUGAGGCCGGGCGGGAGCGCAGAAGACCGCCGUCCCUCCUGUCCGGCUCACCGCGCCUUUCUCCCUCCGCUGCUUCCCCCGCAGCCGCCUGGGCGGCUCCGGGACUGACUGACUGACUGCCUGGGGCGAGGGUAGCGGUCGCGGCCGCCGGGGCUGUGGCGAGGCCGCGGCCUUCGGGGCGGCGGUAGCGGCGUCAGCGCUGGGGAGAAAGAGAAGGGAAGAUGGCGUCGGAGCUGGAGCCCGAGGUGCAGGCCAUCGACCGGAGUUUGCUGGAAUGUUCGGCCGAGGAAACCGCGGGGAAAUGGCUGCAAGCAACUGACCUCACUAGAGAAGUAUACCAGCAUUUAGCCCACUACGUACCCAAAAUCUACUGCAGGGGUCCCAACCCUUUCCCUCAAAAAGAAGACAUGCUGGCACAGCAUAUUUUGUUGGGACCCAUGGAGUGGUACCUUUGUGGUGAAGAUCCUGGAUUUGGAUUUUCAAAACUUGAACAAGCAAACAAACCUUCUCAUCUUUGCGGUCGUGUUUUUAAAGUAGGAGAGCCUACAUACUCUUGCAGAGACUGUGCAGUUGAUCCAACUUGUGUUUUAUGCAUGGAGUGCUUUUUGGGAAGUGUUCACAGAGACCAUCGAUAUAGGAUGACAACUUCAGGAGGUGGAGGUUUCUGUGACUGUGGUGAUACUGAAGCUUGGAAAGAGGGACCUUACUGUCAAAAACAUGAACUUAACACCUCUGAAAUUGAGGAAGAGGAGGAUCCUCUUGUGCAUUUAUCAGAAGACAUGAUAGCAAGAGCUUACAAUAUUUUUGCUAUUAUGUUUCGGUAUGCUGUAGAGAUACUAACCUGGGAAAAAGAAGAUGAAUUGCCAGCAGAUUUAGAGAUGGUAGAGAAUAGUGACACCUACUACUGCAUGCUGUUUAAUGAUGAGGUGCACACCUAUGAACAGGUUAUUUAUACUCUUCAGAAAGCUGUGAACUGUACACAAAAAGAAGCCAUUGGCUUUGCGACCACAGUAGAUCGAGAUGGGCGUAGGUCUGUUCGAUAUGGAGACUUCCAGUAUUGUGAACAAGCAAAAUCAGUAAUUGUUAGAAGUACCAGUCGACAGACAAAGCCACUCAAAGUUCAAGUUAUGCAUUCAUCUAUUGUUGCACAUCAAAAUUUUGGUUUGAAGCUUUUGUCUUGGCUGGGAAAUAUUAUUGGAUAUUCAGAUGGCCUUCGCCGAAUUUUAUGCCAGGUUGGUUUACAAGAAGGGCCAGAUGGUGAAAACUAUUCUCUUGUGGAUAGAUUGAUGCUUAGUGAUUCCAAAUUGUGGAAAGGUGCUAGGAGUGUGUAUCAUCAGUUGUUCAUGAGCAGCCUACUUAUGGAUUUGAAAUACAAGAAACUGUUUGCUGUUCGUUUUGCAAAAAACUAUGAGCGUUUGCAGUAUGAUUAUGUGACAGAUGACCACGACAGAGAGUUUUCAAUCGCAGACCUCUCGGUACAGAUAUUCACGGUUCCUUCACUUGCUCGAAUGCUUAUCACAGAAGAAAACCUGAUGACCAUUAUCAUUAAGACUUUUAUGGAUCAUUUGAGACACCGAGAUGCCCAGGGCAGGUUUCAGUUUGAACGAUACACUGCUUUGCAAGCCUUCAAGUUUAGGAGAGUUCAGAGCCUUAUUUUAGAUCUCAAAUAUGUGUUAAUUAGCAAGCCAACUGAAUGGUCAGAUGAGCUAAGACAAAAGUUCCUAGAGGGGUUUGAUGCCUUUUUGGAAUUACUGAAAUGUAUGCAGGGAAUGGAUCCAAUUACACGUCAAGUAGGACAGCAUAUCGAAAUGGAACCGGAGUGGGAAGCAGCCUUUACACUACAAAUGAAAUUAACACAUAUCAUUUCAAUGAUGCAGGACUGGUGUGCUUUAGAUGAAAAAGUACUAAUUGAAGCAUACAAGAAAUGCCUCGCUGUAUUGAUGCAAUGUCACAGUGGUUUUACUGAUGGUGAACAGCCAAUCACACUAAGCAUUUGUGGACAUUCAGUGGAAACUAUCAGAUACUGUGUUUCCCAAGAAAAAGUUAGCAUUCACCUCCCAGUUUCUCGCUUACUUGCAGGUUUGCAUGCAUUAUUAAGCAAAAGUGAAGUGGCAUAUAAAUUUCCAGAGCUCCUACCUCUAAGUGAACUUAGCCCACCCAUGUUGAUAGAACACCCUCUUAGAUGUCUUGUGUUAUGUGCCCAAGUACAUGCUGGAAUGUGGAGAAGAAAUGGGUUUUCUCUAGUAAACCAGAUUUAUUAUUACCAUAAUGUGAAAUGCAGGAGGGAGAUGUUUGACAAGGAUAUAGUAAUGCUUCAGACAGGUGUCUCCAUGAUGGAUCCAAACCAUUUCCUGAUGAUCAUGCUGAGCCGCUUUGAGCUUUAUCAGAUUUUCAGCACUCCAGACUACGGAACAAGGUUCAGCUCUGAGGUUACCCACAAGGAUGUUGUACAGCAGAACAAUACUCUAAUAGAAGAGAUGCUAUACCUCAUUAUAAUGCUUGUUGGAGAGAGAUUUAGUCCUGGAGUUGGACUGGUAAAUGCUGCAGAUGAAAUUAAGCGGGAGAUUAUCCACCAGUUGAGCAUCAGACCCAUGGCUCACAGUGAAUUGGUAAAGUCUUUACCUGAAGAUGAGAACAAAGAAACUGGCAUGGAGAGUGUAAUUGAAGCAGUUGCCCAUUUCAAGAAGCCGGGAUUAACAGGACGAGGCAUGUAUGAACUGAAACCAGAGUGUGCCAAAGAGUUCAACUUGUAUUUCUAUCACUUUUCAAGGGCAGAGCAGUCCAAGGCAGAAGAAGCUCAACGGAAAUUGAAAAGACAAAAUAGGGAAGAUACAGCUUUAUUUUCAGCACUUCCACCUCCAGUGUUGCCUCCAUUCUGCCCCUUGUUUGAAAGCCUGGUUAACAUUUUGCAAUCAGAUGUCAUGUUGUGCAUCAUGGGAACAAUCCUGCAGUGGGCCGUAGAGCAUAAUGGAUAUGCCUGGUCAGAGUCCAUGCUGCAAAGGGUGUUGCAUUUAAUUGGAAUGGCGCUACGAGAAGAAAAACAGCAUUUAGAGAAUGUCGCAGAAGGGCAUGUAGUAACAUUUACCUUCUCUCAGAAGAUAUCUAGACCUGGUGAAGCACCAAACAACUCUCCUAGCAUACUAGCUAUGCUGGAAACACUACAAAAUGCUCCCUACCUAGAAGUGCACAAAGACAUGAUUAGGUGGAUAUUGAAGACUUUUAAUGCUAUUAAGAAGGUGAGGGAGAGUUCAUCUACCAGUCCUGUGGCAGAGACAGGAGGAGGAGCUAUAAUGGAAGAGAAUUCAAGAGACAAAGACAAAGCUGAGAGGAAGAGAAAAGCCGAGAUUGCCAGACUGCGCAGAGAAAAGAUCAUGGCCCAGAUGUCGGAGAUGCAGCGGCACUUUAUUGAUGAGAACAGAGAACUCUUCCAGCAAACAUUAGACCUGGAUGCCUCUCCCUCUGCUGUUUUUGAUCAUAGCCCUGUGGCUUCAGAUAUGACCCUUACAGCAUUGGGCCCAGCACAAACACGGGUCCCUGAACAGAGACAGUUUAUUACCUGUAUAUUGUGUCAAGAAGAGCAAGAGGUUAAGGUGGAAAGUAGGGCAAUGGUCUUGGCAGCAUUUAUUCAAAGAUCAACUGUAUUGUCAAAAAACAGAAGUAAAUUCAUUCAGGAUCCAGAGAAGUAUGAUCCAUUAUUCACGCACCCCGAUCUGUCUUGUGGAACACACACUGGUAGCUGUGGGCACAUUAUGCAUGCUCACUGUUGGCAAAGGUAUUUUGAUUCCGUUCAAGCUAAAGAACAGCGAAGGCAACAGAGAUUACGCUUACAUACAAGCUAUGAUGUAGAAAAUGGCGAAUUCCUUUGUCCCCUUUGUGAAUGCUUGAGUAAUACUGUUAUUCCUCUGCUGCUUCCUCCAAGAAAUAUUUUUAACAGCAGGUUAAAUUUUUCAGAACAACCAAAUCUGACUCAGUGGAUUAGAACAAUAUCUCAGCAAAUAAAAGCAUUACAGGUUCUUAAGAAAGAAGAAAAUACUGUCUCUUCAAAGAAUUUGGAAAAUAUGGAUAAAUUACAGCUCCCUGAAGGAUUUAGGCCGGAUUUUCGUCCUAAGAACCCUUAUUCUGAGAGCAUAAGAGAAAUGCUAACAACAUUUGGAACUGCUACUUAUAAGGUGGGACUGAAGGUUCAUCCCAACGAAGAGGAUCCCCGUGUGCCCAUAAUGUGUUGGGGUAGUUGCGCAUACACCAUCCAAAGCACAGAAAGAAUUCUAAGUGAUGAAGAUAAACCAUUGUUUGGUCCUUUGCCUUGCAGACUGGAUGACUGUCUGAGGUCACUGACAAGAUUUGCAGCAGCACAUUGGACAGUUGCAUCACUUCCAGUGGUACAAGGACACUUUUGUAAACUUUUUGCAUCAUUGGUGCCUGAUGAGAACCAUGGAGAUCUUCCAUGCAUAUUAGAUAUCGACAUGUUUCAUUUAUUGGUGGGCUUGGUGCUGGCUUUCCCUGCCUUGCAGUGUCAGGAUUUUUCAGGAACGAGCCUUGGCACUGGAGACCUUCACAUCUUCCAUCUGGUUACGAUGGCACACAUCGUCCAGAUCUUACUUACCUCGUGUACAGGAGAAAAUGGCAUGGAUCAAGAAAAUCCUGUUGGUGAAGAAGAACUAGCAGUUCUUGAUUUGUAUAAAACACUUCACCAGUAUACAGGAAGUGCCUUGAAAGAAACACCCUCAGCCUGGCAUCUGUGGAGGAGUGUCAGAGCUGGAAUCACGCCUUUCCUGAAGUGUUCUGCGUUGUUUUUUCAUUACUUAAAUGGAGUUCCUUCCCCAUCUGAAGUUCAAGUUAUUGGAACAAGCCAUUUUGAGCACUUAUGUAACUAUCUUUCCCUACCAAGCAACCUCAUUUGCCUUUUUCAAGAAAAUAGUGAGAUAAUGAAUUCACUGAUUGAAAGUUGGUGUCAUAACAAUGAAGUUAAAAGAUACCUAGAAGGUGAAAGAGAUGCUAUAAGCUAUCCAAGAGAAUCUAACAAAUUAAUAGACCUACCAGAGGAUUACAGCAGCCUCAUUAACCAAGCAUCUAAUUUCUCGUGCCCCAAAUCAGGUGGGGACAAGAGCAGAGCCCCCACGCUGUGCCUUGUCUGUGGAACCCUGCUGUGCUCCCAGAGCUACUGCUGUCAGACAGAGCUGGAAGGGGAGGAUGUGGGAGCCUGCACAGCCCACACCUACUCCUGUGGCUCUGGGGUGGGCAUCUUCCUGAGAGUACGGGAAUGUCAGGUGCUGUUUUUAGCCGGGAAAACCAAAGGCUGUUUUUAUGCUCCUCCUUACCUUGAUGACUAUGGGGAGACCGACCAGGGACUCAGACGGGGCAAUCCUUUACACUUGUGCACAGAGCGAUUUAAGAAGAUUCAGAAGCUCUGGCAGCAGCACAGCAUCACGGAGGAAAUCGGACAUGCUCAGGAAGCAAAUCAGACCCUGGUUGGCAUCGACUGGCAGCACUUAUAAGGGUUUCACUACCAAAAACACAAACUUUGAUUCUUUUGUAACCCAGUUGGCUUUUCAAGAAAGACAGUAGGAAAUAAGGUCUACUGAAUUUGGAAAUAAAUUGUUUGUUUAAGCUUUUCUUCCCAGUUUUAUUUUUAUAGUUUCUGGCCCUAGGGACUAGACGAACACCAUCCUCGUCGGCAGAUUCCCGUGCAUCAUUUGCUGUUUGUCUCAGAUGUAACUGGUCGGGUUUUAGGGCCCAGCGAGGAGCUUCUCUUCCUGAGCCCAGCUAUCUGUUGUGGAAGCCUGACUCAACUCAGAAGUCUGACUGGGUCAACCUGAGCCAUUUUGCAUCCGUGAUUGCAAUGAACUGCAGGCCCAGAGCGGAUCUCGAAGAGGCAGGAAGCCAAGUCUCUGGUGUUUUGAGGUCACACUUCGUGGUCCCUCUCAGUGACUCAGCACUGGGACUGGGUUGAUUAUCUCCUUGCUAAAGAGCUCCUAGCUCCAGAGCAAGGCAGUCGAUUGUGAAGCUGGUAUUCCUGUCUCCAUCUGCUGUGAGAGGGCUGGGAGGUACCCGAGGGAGGAGCCCAUUGGGAGGAUUGGGGGAGGUGGUGUACUGGGUGCUGUUUUAGUGCUAUAGACAGUUGAUUUUUCUUUUUUUUUUUUAGUGAGACUUUUGGCUUUGAGAGAAAAAAACUCAUUUUAAAGGGCUUUUUAAGAAAAUGAUAUAUUCUAAUUUUUCAGACAGUACUGUUCUCUGGUAUCAUUUCUACAACUAAAUUGAAAGAGUGUGCGCAUCUAGAAUCAAACACUCGUGGAAGAAUGAGAACCUGGUGUUUUGAGAUUGCUGCACCCCCACCCCUUCUGGCAUUUCCUGGGGUGGAGGAGUUGCUGCUACCUGCUGGCCUCGUAGUUCCUGGGGCAGCCUGUGCACCCAGGCUUUUUUUUUAGAAAAACAUUGUUCUUACUAAGAGGUGCCUUCCUAGAAUGAUAGCCACUUAGUAAAAUAGCUUAUAACCAUUAUAUACCACACAACCCCUCUUGUUUGAAAGCUUGAAUACUCACCGAGAGUGGUGGCAGAUUUAAUGGAGAAAUAAACUCUGAGCCUCCCUAAGGUGGGGCUAGGGGACAAAUGAAUAAUUCUGGCUCUUGAAGUUUUUUUUAACCAAUGCAAGUGACCCUUUCACUCAGCUGUCUUUGAACUGCAUCCAUAAGUUGUGUUCUGCUGAGCUUUGCGCACCCCACAGCACACCCAGGAGGAAGGCAGAAACCCAAACCUGAAGCGCAAGUACGUUGGGAUGCAGCAGCAGUAUUCAGUGCCUCCUCUCCAGCAGUGUGUGAAGGAACCACCUCCUCUCAGAAGGAUGCCUUGUCCCUUCCGGCUUGGGACUGGCUCGCCCAGCUGAGAGGAGGACCAACAGGAAGAAAACCCAGAUUAAAAUCAUCUUUUGGCCCCCUUUUUUGUCCUGUCUUCCAUUCUUAAGAUCUGGUUGUUUGUGGAUGGUAUGAUGAUUUUAAUAUUUAUUUUGGCCUCUCUGUCACAUCUCAGUUCCUUCAGCUUUUAAGUCCAGCUUCUUUUGGCUUUCCUCCAUACGUUCACCAAGCUGAAGUUUAAAAUUGUAAGACCAGGUUUUCCCUCUCUAAAUGUACUGUAGACAUUUCUACAGAGGCAAACAACUCUCCACCUUCACAGAAGCCUGAGAUUAACAGACAGAGGGUGCCCCUGGCCUCCAUUCUCUGAGAAUGUCAGGGAAUCGUUGAGAGAAUAUGAAUUUACAUGAAAUAGCAGCAUACACACACUUUUUACCUUCUGGCGUGCACAUUGUUAAGCUAGUUGUCUUCCCUACCUAACGAAUCAUCUUCGUUUUAUGAUUUGUUCCGCAUGUAUUUUGUCUGUUGUAGAAAUGUUUAUAUAACAUGCUUUCCAUAUCAGGGAAAAUCAUAUCUGUUUAAUAAAUUGACUAUAACUUUAAUAUCUGUGGACAACUUGUAAAAUUUGGGAUGUAUCAUAUGUAAAAAGUUUAAAGAUAUCCAAAUAAAUGCUUUAGGUGUUGACAUU